UCUUAGAACCUCAAACCUCGACAGUAGACACUUACGGGACAACGGUUGUACCCACGUCCUUCGAAAAAUGGCAGCCGCCGCCGUCCUCCUUCGCGCUGCCCUUCGCCGGAGCCGCAUCGUCGCGCCAGCUCUGCUCCGCCCCCGCACCCUUCCACCCUCUCCGAUACCCCUGCCUUCACCUCCUUUCGGCCAUGCUUUACCACGACUCCAACGCCUUCCGUUCUCCGCCGACUUCGGUUACUGCACCGCUGCCGUCGAGCCGGAGGCCCCCGCGAGACACAAGGUCAAGAUCAGGAAGAGCCCCAUGAAGCAGUCCCGCGUCGACUUCACCAAGGUGGACGCCGCGCUUCUCCCCACCAUCAUCCUCGUCGGCCGUCCCAACGUCGGCAAGUCCGCGCUCUUCAACCGACUAAUACGGAGGAGGGAGGCAUUGGUGUAUAAUACACCUGGGGACCAUGUCACACGUGACAUCCGAGAAGGCAUUGCCAAGCUUGGAGAUCUCCGCUUCCGCGUGCUUGACUCAGCUGGACUCGAGACUGCGGCAACAUCUGGGAGCAUUCUCGCUCGGACAGCUGACAUGACAGGAAAUGUGUUGGUCAGAUCUCAAUUUGCCAUUUUCUUGAUUGAUGUGAGGGAUGGCCUACAACCACUGGAUCUUGAGGUUGGGCAAUGGCUGCGAAAACAUGCAUCUGGGAUACAUACUAUUGUUGCAAUGAACAAGUCCGAAUCACUUGAUGAGCAUGGAGUGUUGACCUCGGCUGCUGGUGAAGCCCACAGGUUGGGUUUUGGUGACCCAGUUGCAAUAUCUGCCGAGACAGGUCUGGGGAUGGCAGAGCUUUAUGAGAUACUGAGGCCAUUGUUUGAGGAAUACAUGUUUCAGCUUCCAAACAAUGGACUAAAUCAAGAUGACCCUACCUCCGAGGCGGAGGCCAAUGAAGGAGAUGAAAGCAAGUUACCUUUGCAGUUAGCAAUUGUGGGACGUCCUAAUGUUGGAAAGUCUACCCUGCUUAAUGCUUUGCUGCAAGAACAAAGAGUUCUGGUUGGUCCUGAGGCAGGCUUAACAAGGGACUCUAUUCGGGCCGAGUUUCAAUUUGACAACAGAAGUGUAUAUUUGGUGGAUACUGCCGGUUGGAUGGAAAGAUCAGGGAAGGAGAAGGGACCAUCAUCGCUUAGUGUGGUACAAUCAAGAAAGAACCUGAUGAGAGCUCACAUUGUAGCUCUUGUGCUUGAUGCAGAGAAGAUUGCAAAUUCUAAGAGUAGCAUGAACCAUCCAGAAGUUGUGAUAGCACGACAAGCAAUAGAAGAAGGCCGUGGACUUGUUGUGGUUGUCAAUAAAAUGGACCUCCUUAGAGAAAACCAACGACUGUUAGACAAAGUGAUAGAUGCUGUUCCUAAAGAAAUCCAGACAGUUAUUCCACAGGUUACAGGAAUACCAGUUGUGUUCGUGUCAGCAUUGGAGGGCAGGGGGCGGGUUGCUGUUAUGCACCAGGUUAUAGAUACUUAUGAGAAAUGGUGUUUUAGAUUGUCAACUUCGCGCCUAAAUCGUUGGUUGCGUAAGGUUAUGAGUAGGCAUUCAUGGAAAGAUUCAGCCACACAGCCAAAGGUUAAGUACUUCACUCAGGUGAAAGCACGGCCACCAACAUUUGUCGCCUUUAUGACUGGGAAGUCUCAGCUAUCUGACACAGAUACCAGGUUCCUGACAAAAUCUCUCAAGGAAGAUUUCAACAUUGGGGGAAUACCGAUCCGAAUUUUGCAGCGUUCUAUUCCAAGAAAAGCAGUUGCCAAGAGCAAUAUCAAGAAGAGAGGGUCUACGAUAAUCAGGAUGAAAACAGACAAAAGAACAGAAGUGUCCGAUCCCUCUCAGUCAUAGUUUCAUAGAGGAGACUGGUAUAAGUCAUGAGUUGUUUUUGUACUAGAUGCUUUCGUUGGAGGUAUAUAUGCAGAGCAAAUCCUCACCAAAAGCAGUGGAAACAGAAAACUGCUGCCUUUCAAGCCAAACGUGUGGACAGAAGGAAAGAAAGAACUUCGUUGUCCACAGAAGUGAUCAUAGACAUAAGCAGUUUACGUGGUUUGUUUAAAACUGAGGAUGAAUGCAAAAAAAACAAGCUCCACACUUCAUAUUUACAAGGGGCGGGCAUUUUCUCUGAGCAUCGGGAAGAGCUUACCUCCAAUCUAUGAAGUAUGAGCGAAGGCAAAACUUUUCAACAUGCUAGCGAAACAAGGCGGUACAUGGAGCGUCAAGUUAUCCUAAAUUUACCUGACAAGAACAUAUUCCCCUUCUUGUAUUCUCCUAUGUAUAUCGCAAUAUAAUAGGCGAGAGAAUGCUCUGACAAGUAUGAAAUGCUAUUGAUACCUCUCAGACUACCUGUUACGUGUGUUCACAGAGUAGUGAACCUGUGAAUGUGCUGAUGAUGUAAAAAUUCCCAGCUUGAUCCGAUAGCAAUGCUUUUGAGGUGCACAAACAUGUGUGAAGCUGUUCUGUAAUUUCCUUUUCUUCCCCAAACUCAAUUCUGGGAACUUCCAUCAUUCCUUUUGAAUUAACUUCCGCCGAUAGAUGUUUCUCUACC